AUUGAAGUUGGACUAGUAACUUAAUGUGAAAGUUUUUCAAGAAACAACUAUUUUUGAUAAUAUUUGAUAUGAAUAUAAUUGUGUAGUUAUUUGUGUUCAUGUGUUUUAAAUUAUGAGAAAAUAUUGAAAGUUUCACAAAUAUGUUCAAAUAUAUUUAUAUCUCAAUCGCAAUAGUUCCUUUUUCAAUUUUAUGUCAAAAUUUUGAAGAAGCUUGGCAUUCUUAUCAAAGUUCCAUAUUCAAUGGGAAUAGAGAAGAACUGAUAAUAUCUAAUGUAACAGCACAAACGAUUUUGUCUUUGAAGUCAAAUGUAGUAACAUGGCGAAGUCAGAAUAUCGGAUCCAUUUGUUACUCAGUUGGUUUGGCAGAUACCGGACUAACAAUUUUAAUGUCGUAUCUUAAUACAAAUAAAAGCGGGUUUAAUACGACAACAAACUUCAUUCCUACUUCGUACAAACCAAGAGAUGUAGUUCUAUUUCAUAAUCGAAGAAAUAUGAAAUCAGAAUGUAUAAUAUUGAUUUCAUUCUUUGGGUUGAAUAAAAUAAAAUGGAUGAAAAUUGUAGAUAUGUUUGUGGAAGAAGAUUUUUGGUCCUGGACUCUAGAUGAUCCAGUGGAGCAUAUUAAUUAUUUUAAAAUAGCAACGCGUAAUAUAUUAUUCGUCACUACAAAUAGCAGUGAUGCAUUUCUUUAUGAAUUCAACAUUAAUAACGCACGUUUGGAAAAAUGGUUAAUCCAGAAUAUACAAUUAGAAUCACCUGUGAGUUUAUCGACGUUUAACAGUUUUAAGUUUACUAGCUUCCUUUCGAUACUCCAACCUGGACAAGUUCUAAUAUACAAAUACCACCUUGAAAAGUUUAGAUUGCAAUCUAAGCUGCAAAGUAUGGGUGUGAACCAAAUAACUUCUUUCAAUAUAGGAUUCAAAUCUUUUUUGGCAAUUAAUGGUAACAGCGCUGGUAUAUACGAAUUGUUUGAAAACACUAUUAUCAGACAUACAAUUGGAAAUAGUAAUUUGAAUGGUAUUACUUAUUGGUUAUCAAUACCGAUUCAAACGUACAGGGAUGAAGUCCUUCUAUUAGCGCAGAAGUGUAUAGAUCACGCAACACAUGUAAAUAAUGAAGUAGAUGUUUUUAUCUACAAUGGUAAUAAAUUUGAAGAACAUGAAGAUAUUCCCUGUUUUCUAUUUGAAGAAAGUACAAACAGAUUAACUUGCCUUGCCCACAAUAAAGGAAUUUUAGGUUCAAGUUAUAUAGUCAUUGAAGAUGUUGUGGCUUUGUUAAUACCAGCAUUCAAUAAUUCUUCUAUCAUAUUCAUUAUUCACUUCGGCUUAAAGGAAGUUUCUAAUCCAUUAGAAAAGGAUCUGCUUGAUUUAUUGCGACUUAAAAAUAGUUUAGAGGCAUCGAUAGAGAUGACAGCAAAAAAGGAUGUAAAUACGUCAUACCCCUCCAUAUCGUAUUCUACCGGUAAGGACAAAUUACCGAUAGAGUUAAACCAAAGCAAGACGAAUAUUUCUGAGUAUAUGGAUCAAUUAAAUAAUUCAGAAGACGAAAUAGCUGAAUUACUAAGCAAAAUUGAUAAACUUAAUAUAGAUGAAAAUAAACAAGACUUUAAGAACAUUAUCAUCAACGGUAGAGUGAAAUUUGAAGGAGACGUGAUAUUGGAUGAAAUUGAAACUGAAAACAUUGAUGGACAAGAAACUUCAUUGGCAUUUUCAGAUGUUGUAAGGCGAAAUAAUAUUACAAGUAAAGUGAAAAAUAAAAUAUUCAAUGAUACACUAAUGGUAGAAGAUUUAUUUUCCUCCACAAUAAAUAGACUCAAAUCCAAUGAUAUUACUUUUGCUGAUGAUGCUGGUAUAAUCCUGAAUGGGAACAUUAAAUUCGAGAAGCCUGUAGAGCUUGUAAAUGUACAUCUCAGAAGUAACCAAAUCAACAACAUCGUUUUUGGAGAUGAAAUAAUAGAAAUGGGGAAGAAUCAUGAAGGGAGCUUAGCAUUUGAAAAUAUAAAUAUAAAGGAUAAUAUGCGUGCUGCUAAAAUCAACAAUGUUUAUCUUGAGAAAAAUCUAAAAACUCGGAGCAAUCCAUCGAGAGAAACAGAUUUUGAUAGUUUUCCCGAUAUUCAUAUUUCGCACAACAUAACAGUCAAUUAUAUAAAUGAAGAAAAUUUUACAGAAUUCAUGCAAAGUAUAUGUUUGACUAACUUAAAGUGUACAAUUCCAGGUACAUUGAAAAUAUCAGGGAAAAUUGCAGCGACUGAAAUAAUAACCAAUUAUUUGAAUGAUUUGAAAUUUCCUGAAGUUUAUAUUUCACCUAACUCUAUAUCGGAAGUUAAUAUUACAGGAAAUAAGCAUUUUACAACGCUUGAAACAGAUGAGAUUACAGUUGUUGGUUCUGUCAACCAAGUAGAUACCAGAACUGUUAUAACAACAUCUACCGAACAGCAUCUUGGCAAUAAAACACUUAAAAAUUGCGGCAUCACUGAUGAACUUGAGGUCUAUGGAAAGAUAGUUGGAAAUCUCGUUCAACAAUUUCCACCCAAUCUACAACUACCAGAUGUUGAUGAAAUUAAAUCCAAUGCUCUUUUCAAGAAUUUGGAAAUCAGAGGAAACAUUUUCAUUAAAAAUAACUUCAAUCAAGAAGAUUACUAUUCAUCACUUCAAGAUAUCCUGUAUCGAGAUGAUGUGAAUGCAACAAUUUUUUCUUCGAAAGAAUUUCUAAAGGGUCUUAAAACUUCCACUUUGUAUAUAGAUUCAGAUUCAAUUAACGAUGUGAAGAUAAAUUCGAUUAUUACUCAAAAUACCGAUCAACAACUUAAUUACAAUGUAUUAAACGGAAGUGUUUCAAUUCAGAAACUUGAUGUACACGGCCUAUACGAGAAUAUGAAUAUAACUAAGCUGGAUACUUUUACUAAACUAAAAACCAAUCAAUUCAUUGAUUCAAGCAUAGAAUUUGAUGAAAUAGAAGCAGCGAAUUUGGAAAUUUUCAAAACGCUUAACAACUUAAGUUUAAAUGAAUAUUUAUACGUAACAGAUGGUGGAUACAUUGACCAAGUCGUAACGUUUGAUAAAAUUGGGGCUGGAAAUAUAACGAUAAAAGGGGAAGUUAUUGGAAAUGUAACAAAAUUUGACUUGGAGCAGCUUAGUGAGAAUUAUUUAAGUAUAAGCAGGAACCAGAGCUUGAAAUUUGAUAUGAAUAUUUCGGAAUCUAGAUUAGAUUCUUUGUCCUUCACAAAAAUUAAUGGAAGAAAAAACGAAGCGAUCUUAAAUGAUGAAGACUUGAUUGAGAAAUUGAUUGAAAAGCUUAAUUGUGGGAACCUAUCUGUUACGAAUCUAAUAGCAUUAGAUUCCAUCGAAUUUGAGAAAGUUAAUGAAAAACUAGCAGAUUUUUUUAUGCCCAUCAAUUUAUUUGAUCAUUUGAAUAAUACAAACGUCACAGAACUCACGUUUGAGAAUGACAUCUACGUGCCAGCUAUUGAAAUCUUUGAAUUAAGUUUUGUGGAAUGGGAUAACUAUGUAAAACAGAUCGUCUUCAAAAAUGAAACACAUAUUGCAUUUUCUGGUAAUAAAACAUUUCAGAGUGGUAUUAAUGUCAUGAAGCUAAUAGAAACUAAACGCCUUAACAACAUUUUUUUGGAAUACAUAUUAACAAAGGAAUACAAUCAAACAAUAAUGGGUCCUAUACAAAUUGAAGGAGAUGUUAAUCUAAACCGAGUAGUUGUGAACGAAAAUAUGAACGAUGUACCAGUACCAGUUGUUUUAGAAUAUAUUCUUGUAUCUAACGGCAAUUAUUAUCUUAAAAGCGAUGUAAUAUUCAGAAGGUUACCUUACAUUGAAUCAUUAAAGAUAUUUGGGAAAAUAAAUAACAAAGAUAUCCUGGAAGUUUUUAAAGAUAUGGCUUUCAGGAAUAAGGAUAUAACUUUUAGGAAUGACACAAUUUUCAAAGAGCGCGUUUCCAUUGCUGGAAAUUUAGCUAUCAAGAAUCAUUUUAAUUACAUAAAAUUUAAUGAUGUCGUCUCCAAUAUUGUUCUAACAAGUAUGGACACAGACAUAAACAGCAAAGUAGUAUUUUCAAAAACGGUCCUUGUUCAAGAAAAACUAACUGUAGAUGAGAAUGUAGGUGCUCAUACAAUAGGUGGGUUCAAUGUGAGUAAUUGGAUUGAUAGAGGCAUUUCUUUAGACAAAGGACUAAUUCGAGAUCACUACAUUUUCGAACACGUAUACAUUAAUGAUAACUUAAUAACAGAUUUUGUUAGUGGAAUAGAUAUGAAGAGAUUGGUUCCAUUGAAAACGAAUCAAACCAUUGAUAAGAUGGAAUUUAUCAAGCUGAAACUUCUCAAAGAUAUUUUUGUGGGAAAAACAAUCAACAACUUAUAUUUACCUGAGGAAAUGAGCAGAACCAUAAUGAAAAACAGCCUUCAAGAAAUAUAUACUAAAACAGUCUUCAAUAAUAUCAUCUUGGUUCGUCAGAAUUUGAAUGUCAGCUUAGUCAAUAACAAAAAUACAUCGAAAAUAGUGACUACACACACCGAUCAAAUACUUACUUCAGAUUAUAAUUUCAACUCAAAAACAGUCAGUGAAUCGAAUAUAACCAUCGAUGGUUUUAUUAAUGAGGUUAAUUUAGUAAAGUGGAAGACAACUAGCUUGAAAAUUGAUUCAAGAGAAACUCAACAAAUUUGUAAUGAUUGGAAUCUGAAUAACCUCACAUUUUUCGAUGAUGUUCAAGAACUUUGGACAAUUAAUGGUUUAAAUUUGACUCGAAUCUCUAUAGACGUGGAAGAUAGGAAAAACAAGAAAUCACAGUUUGAAGAUACUAUAUUGGAGGAUUACACAAACAUUUGUAAAGAUGUUACAUUCUUAUAUGGUAAAGCCAAAUCGCAAAUAUACAAGCUAAAAUAUUUUGAAGAAUUUCAAAGAUUUAGUUUUCCGAGUAAAAUUAAAUUGGUUCAUGAUUUCAUUUACAAUAGCUUUCACUACCUCUUAGUGAAUCAUGAAAAUUGUAUGACAGAUAUAUACGUGUUUAAUGGAACUAGAUUUAUUCCACUUUUUACAAACGUUACCAGCGGUCAAUUUGAACAGAUAGUAUCAGUUGUUGAUGAGGACGUUCUCUUUUUAGUUACACGCGGAAAUCAUAAAAACAAAUGUGAUUCCAUUGAGGGUGUCAACAUAUGGAUAUUUAAUAACGAAGGACUUGAGUUGAUGUAUAACAUGGAAAAUCAAGAUAUUAUCCAAGAAUCAGUAGUACCAUCCACAUUUUAUACAAUUGGUAGAAGAGGGGUGAUAGAACAUAAAAUUAGAAAGAAUUCAACGGGACCAAUUAGAUAUAGAGAAUGGGAAGUAUUCGAUGGUGACGCAGCGUUUGUACCCCGGGGACUAAAAACAGGGUUGGCCAUACGAACUGGAAAAGAUUUAAUAUUUUUAAAUCGUAACCAACCAAUUAUUCAAGAUACAAGUGCGUUUUCAGAGGCUGUAAUCAAAGGAUCUAUCAAACGUGUUCAUAAUACAUAUAUACCCGGAAAAAAUGGUGGUGACAUAGCUGUUCUUAAUGUGGGUAUAAAAAGUGCUAAAAAAGAAUUAUUGGCAGUUGCUAGUCAUGAAAAAAGCAUCGUUAGAGAUUCAUUGGAUGUUAUAGAGAUCUACGAUAAUCCAUUGACAGGAGAAGUAUUUGGAAAAGUUUUAACUUAUAAACCAUCUUCUCUAUUAACUAUAGAAUUGGGUCAAGGAGAAACGCUUUUAGCUUUUUUGGAAAAUAAACAAAUGGCCCACUUUUAUGAAUAUAAAGGAACUGAAGGAUUUGUUAGAAGAAUUUCUGUCAAAUUAGAAGCUUCAGAUUUAUUCAAAAUGGAUUUAUCGAACAACAAACAACUGCAUUCAAAAAAGAUUGUUGGAGUCAUUCACCAAAAUAGAAUGAGAUUAUUGAUAGCAGUAAUGGAUGGAAACCAAAUAAGUGAUAACUUACACUGUGAAUUAUGAAGUGAUUUUUUUAAAUUAUUAUUAUUUAUUAUAUUUUACUUCUCUCGUUGAGAUUAUUGUUAAUAUAUUUAUUAAUAAAAAGAAAAUAAGUGAAUUGAAAAACUUUAUGCUAAUAGAAGCAGGACUACACAAAAUCUAUGAAAAUUUUCUUGGUUAUUGACGCAGUUA